CGAACAGGGAGCAGCUAGACCUUCAUCCUUUCUUUUAUGUCAAUACCGAGACCACCACGGGCCGAUCCAGAAGUUACACAUCAAUAUCGCACACAUGCCAUGUACCUGUUCCUUUCAUGAUAAUGCACAAGCUGUCGUCAGGCUUAAAUCCGAAUAAGUCCUUGAUGGAUUUUCAAAUCUGCGUCCUCACCAAUCUACCGAUAUGCCACCAAAGGAAAGCGGAAUUGGAUACCGUCGAAACGGCAAGAAACAAGCAUGCGAGCCUUGCCGGAAAGGGAAGCUGGCUUGCGACCAUGGGGCACCUUUUUGCGGAAGAUGUGUGAGAAGGAAGACAACCGCAAAAUGUAUUUAUCAUCCAGCGCCGAUGACCAGAAAGACCGCGAUAAUUUCCCCACAGCAAAGUUCAAGCGUCUCUACUGAUCAGGCUGGUCAAUUACAAUCUCCACAAUCAUUGGGAACCUCUCACCCUCCGCCCUUCCAAGGUUCCACAGAGCUGCUGCCUGAAACCCCGUCACGUGAAGGACAAAAUGGUGCAAUUGCUCCUGAAUUACCUGCUACUCAGAAGUCUGUCAUUAAACGAGACAUAUUCAGUACAUGGAAACCUAAAGCGGGCUGGAGUGACAUGAUAUUCAGACGGUCGGCUCGAUAUUACGGUCCGACUAGUUUUGCAGCUAUAUUUUCUGAACACCAGGAAGACUUGUUGGAUAUUGGAGAGGACAUUCGAAAGCAUCCGGGGGCAUGGCCAUUCGGAGUACCCCUUCUCGGCCGAGAAAGACCAAACGGACCUACGGCACGUACGAAACAAACUGUCAAGGCCCUCUUGAACAUUCCAUCAAGAGAAGUUUGUGAGAUGCUCCUCGCCAAUUUUGAUUCCAUUCGUGAAUCAAGCCUGAAUCCUGUAAUGGUCAGGCAUUGCAUCACGAAACUAUGGUCUACGUUCGAAGCCGAAUUGUCUGGGCCGCGAGAGGAGGAACCCAUGGCUCGUAUUGCUGAUGUCCUUUUUGAGAAUGAAGAGACACCGUUAGCACCAAGUCCUGAUGAUCCAACCGAAUGGAUGAAUACUUUCACUGGCUCCAAUAUUCGAUUUGAGAUGAUGGGCAUGCUAUUUUGUUUUUUCGGACUGGGCUUUAUGUCGUUGCAGGACUGGGAUCCGGCCUUCAAAGCGACGGAGAACGAUGGGAGAGACAGAAAACAGACCGCCUGGAGGAUGAAAGAAUGUGCUGGCGUAUGUUUGAAAAUGUGUGAUGAUUCGGAGACUGUCAAUUACCUUGUCACAGCCCUGAUUCAGAGCCUGAAAAGGCUGGAAACUGGUUGCACAGGGGAUGACACCUACAGCAUCCGACGUCUUCAUGGGGACCUGAUUACGACAAGUAUUACUUCUGGGCUUCACAGACUUCCCGACUACGCUACUAGCAAGGUAACAGCGAGCUCCGAGUACAAGAGACGACUAUUCUGUGCAAUAUAUUGCAAUGACAAGACCCACGCGUCUUUGAAUGGAACGCCGCCCCUGCUUACUCGAAUGUUCUGCGACGUUCAGCCAUGUCUUGAUUUGCCCAGUGAGGCGACCUUCUUGCCAGAGGAUGAGUUGACCCUUGAACUCAACAAACUUGACGUAAAUGGAUGGAAGAAAUCAGACAAAUCAGACGAUACCUACUAUCCGGCCACUAUCUUGCGCGUAAAAGUUCAGGUAUGUACCAUCAGGGAAGAAAUCUUGGAACUUGCCCUUGGUGUCAACGUGGACGGCUCAGAAGCGCGAAUCAAUGAUUUGCAUCGUCGAUCAUUCGAGAUGUAUCAGGCUAUUCCUCCUCAACUUCAAUACUACACCGAGGGAAAGAUACCGAAGGGUAGCACAGGAGGCCUUCUGUUUGAGCAAUCCCACAUUCUGCUUCAAUACCUCCAAAAUAAGUUUCUCAUAGAUCGAGUGGCCAUCGCGCGGGGCUUUGCGAAUGGGCAGGGCCUUCUUGAUACCGCUAUGGAGAUGAUAGAUAUCUCAAUGAUGUUUUGGAUCAAGAGAGAUCAGCUGAUGCGCUUUUCUCACAGCUUCGACUGGAUUAUAACAUAUUACGGCAUUCCUUCUGCUGGUGUGAUCUGCAUUGAGCUUCUCAAGGACGCAGUGGGCCGAAGCUCGAUUCAAUUCUCACGCUCCGAUGGCAUCCAGAAAUUAACUCUCUUUAUCGCGUUUUUGGAGUGGGUAAGGCCAACAGAUGGAAACUAUACCCUUGCUCAAAGAUUGAGAAAAGUGGUAAGACGGGUCCUGGAUCAUGUCCUUGAGCCAUCUCAGAAGGAGGUAAGGGACGAAGAAGGAAACGAGUUUCCGUUUGAUCCCAUGUUGGCAACAUUUAAUGAGAUGGAUGAUUUGGAUUGGCUGAAUACUAUCGAUUGGACGCAGGGAUCCUGGAUGGGUUUUAAUUGAUGUAUGUACACAUAGAGACAUUUGCUGCAUAGCUAGCUGAAACUUUGGCAAAAAUUGAUUCUGCAAUGCAAAACGAUACCUUCAUCGUUCCAGC